AUGGCUACCCUGAUCUUUGUUGAUAAGGAAAAUGGAGACCCAGGCACCUGUGUGGCUCCCAAGGAUGGGCAGAAGCUGCAGUCUAGGCCUCCAGUCAAAACUUUAAAUUUUUUUUUAAUAUCUCAGGUUUCAACACCAGGUGUAGGCAAAAUGUCUGAUGCUCAUGCAGCCUUACCUAAAGCUACCAGAAAGGCUUUGAGAACUGUCAAGAGAGCUACGGAAAAUUCAGUAAAGAACGACGGACCUCUCAAACAGAAGCAGCCAAACUUCUCUGCCAAAAAGGUAACUGAGAAGACUGUCAAAGCAAAAAACACUGUUCCAGCCUUGGAUGACACCUAUCCUGAAAUAGAAAAAUUCUUUCCCUUCAAUCCUUUAGAUUUUGAGAGUUUUGACCUGCCUGAAGAGCACCAGAUUGCAUACCUCCUCUUGAAUGGAGUGCCUCUCAUGAUCCUUGAUGAGGAGAGGGAACUUGAAAAGCUGUUACACCUGGGCCCCCCCCUUCACCUCUAA